AAUUUAUGUAUGAUAUGACUGAAUCUCAGCAACAUCAAAUUCCAAACUCCGAAGGCUUCAAAAUUCUGUGAAAGAACAAAACAGCCAGUAGACUGUCAUUGUCGAAAUGGGGUAUGCCAUGAGUAAGCUGGAGUUAGAAUCCGAGUUGUUUGAAGGCGGUGAUGUCACCAAUGAAGCUGGUUGCAGUAACAGGUCUGGCAAACCAUCCGGUAAAGUAGACCACGAGAUCGUGCAGCUCACGAACCUCAAAUCAGCGCCUAAUGAACGACUGUGCCAACUCAUGCCGAGAAAGAAAAAACUACCUGUUUCCCCGGCGAAGAUGUUGGCCGGUCGAGAAGGUAACUAUUCUGGAAGGGGAGGAGGGUUCUCAUCAGCAGAUCGUUGUCACAUGCUUAGUAGAUAUUUGCCUGAAAAUGGUCCUUGGCUUGUGGACCAAGCGACCAGCCGGGCCUAUGUUUCUCAAUUUUCAGCUGAUGGUUCUUUGUUUGUUGCUGGGUUUCAGGGAAGCAAUAUUAGGAUAUACAAUGUGGAUGGAGGUUGGAAAGUUCAGAAGAACAUUCUUGCCAAAAGUUUGCGUUGGACAGUUACUGACACAUCCCUUUCACCAGAUCAGCGCUAUCUUGUUUAUACCAGCAUGUCACCUAUAGUCCAUAUUGUUAAUGUUGGGUCAGCUAACACAGAAUCCCUUGCAAAUGUCACGGAGAUCCAUGAAGGGUUGGACUUUUCUGCUUCUGAUGGAGGGUAUUCUUUUGGAAUAUUCUCUGUGAAAUUUUCAACUGAUGGACGAGAACUUGUUGCUGGAAGCAGUGACGAUUCAAUAUACGUUUAUGAUCUUGAAGCAAACAAGCUGUCCCUCCGAAUUGGGGCACACAUGGCUGAUGUUAAUACAGUAACCUUUGCUGAUGAAAGUGGUAAUUUGAUAUAUUCUGGGAGCGAUGAUAAUCUCUGCAAGGUGUGGGACAGGCGUUGCUUUGUUACAAAAGAUAAGCCGGCUGGGGUCUUGAUGGGACACCUGGAGGGUGUUACAUAUAUCGACAGUCGUGGAGAUGGUUGUUAUUUCAUAUCAAAUAGUAAAGAUCAGACCAUCAAGCUUUGGGAUAUCAGAAAAAUGUCUUCCAGUGCCUCUUGCAAUUUAGGGUUUAGGAAUUAUGAAUGGGAUUACAGAUGGAUGGACUACCCGCCACAAGCUAGAGAUUUGAAACACCCAUGUGACCAAUCAGUGGCUACUUAUAAAGGUCACUCUGUCUUGAGAACUCUUAUCCGCUGUUACUUCUCCCCGGAAUACAGUACGGGUCAAAAGUAUAUUUAUACGGGAUCUCAUGAUUCUCGGGUUUAUAUUUAUGACGUGGUAACCGGAGCCCAAGUUGCAGUACUCAAGCACCAUACAUCUCCGGUAAGAGACUGUAGCUGGCACCCGUACUACCCGAUGCUGGUCAGCUCUUCCUGGGAUGGGGAUUUGGUGAGGUGGGAAUUCCCUGGUAGUGGAGAAGCACCAGCACCGGUGAGCACAAAGAGAAUCCGAAGGAGAUAUUACUAUUGAAGGCCACCCCUACUUCUGUAAGAGUGUAAGUUAUACAUAUACCAUUAUAUGAUAUGAUUAUCUAUCUGUAUGCUGUUUAAAUAUCAGCUCUAAUAAUGACUAAUUGUUUAACA